UGGUUGGCGCCUUGCAUGGCAGCUCCCUCCAUCAGUGUGUGAAUGUGUGUGUGAAUGGGUAAAUGUGGAAGUAAUGUCAAAGCGCUUUGAGUACCUUGAAGGUAGAAAAGCGCUAUACAAGUACAACCCAUUUAUCAUUUAUCAUUUAACAGAUGUGUAAGUUAUCCAUCCUUGAGCACUAAUAGACCCUCAUACCAUCACAGAUGCUGUCUUUUGAACUUUGCACCUAUAACAGUCCAAUUUGCCGACACAUUUCUUCACAAAGUAGUGACCCUCACCCCAUCCUUGUUUGUGAAUGACUGAGCUUUUCAUGGAAGCUGCUUUUAUACCCAACCAUGGCACUCACCUGUUCCCAAUCAGCCUGUUCACCUGUGGGAUGAUCCAAAAAAGUGUUUAAUGAGCAUUCUUCAGCUUUCUGAGUCUUUUUUGCCACAUGUGCCAGCUUUUUUGAAACAUUUUGCAGGCAUCAAAAAUGUUUUCCAUUUAGUUAAGUUAAAGUUAAAGUAGAACAUUAAGUAUCUUGUUUUUGCAGUCAAUUCCCAUUCCCAUUGUUUUUAUUCUUUUUGUAAUAUUUCUCUAUUUUGUUUCCUUUUAAACCCCCAUUAUUUACUUUUUACUUUUUUUUAAAUUGAUCUCAACUCUGUACACUGCUGCUGGAAUUUUAAUUUUCCUGAAGGAACUCUCCUGAAGGAAUCAAUAAAGUUCUAUCUAUCUAUCUAAUUCAAUUGAAUAUAGGUUGAAAACGAUUUGCAAAUCAUUGUAUUAUUUUAUUUACAAUAUACACAACAUGCCAACUUCACUGGUUUUGGAUGUUGUACAUAAUGUGAUCAAGAUUGCACUUGUACCAGUUAAGAACAGAACCAGAUAUUACCACCCAGUUUUCUAAAGUUUAUAUUAACCAAGCAAACAAAGUCAUAUCUGGAUGACCUGCUCAAACUUUUCUUCAACUCUUUAAAAAAAAAUCAGUCGGAGGACCCAAAGACCUUCGUGGACUUUGCAUCUUGUGUUGCAUCUUGGAUGGUUUUUAAUCCGGCUGGGCUCUGCAACACUGCUUCUUUAGAGUGGCCUACCGGGGGCGGAAAAAAAGAGGAAUUGUCCUCAGGAGACAACGUACAGUAGUAUAAGAUUGUCCUACAGCCAAGAAAGAACCCAAAGGCAAUCUCUUUUUUUUUUGGCCACUUGCUCCUGUUUUAAAGCCAACAGAAGUCCUUGCAUUGUGCUACCUUUGUGCGGCCGUUGCCAAAAAAGACCUUAAAGCCAAUUAGAAGAUUCUUUGCAUUGAACAAGCGUGUCAUUUCUUGCUCUGAUUCCAUGCUUGAUUCAUAUUAAUUUGUUCGGGUUAAAGUUGCACACGAAUACGAUUACACGGAUACUGUUCAUGUCUUUGGAAAGUUGGGUAACAGUUUAAUCUAAGAUAAGUUAUGAUUGGGAAAAAACAAUUAAAACAAACAUGGAAGAAGCCCCAAAAGAUCAAUUUUAACUGUCUACAACCAUGUAUUUGUAGUUUAUUUGUACAGUAUUAAAGUUAAAGUACCAAUGAUUGUCACCCACAUACUAGAUGUGGAGAAAUUAUUCUCUGCUAUUGACCCAUCACCCUUGAUCACCCCCUGGGAGGUGAGGGGAGCAGUGUGCAGCAGCGGUGCUGCGCCCGGGAAUCAUUUUUGGUUAUUUAACCCCCAAUUCCAACCCUUAAUGCUGAGUGCCAAGCAUAUAAAGGCGUUCGUCAACCGAUGACUCUUCGGACAACAUUAGAAAUUUGACAGCCAGUCCUAAUGCAAAUAAGAUCAUAAUUAAGGCUUCAAUUAAUGCACUCAAUAAAUUGGCGGGUCUGCGUAAGGGCACAUGCUGCAUUUAAAAAAAAAUCCAAAAUCCUCUCCUCACAGCUAAACAACUGGGGGAAUGCGUGCCAUGAAUAAAUUGCUAGGUUGCCAAUGCAAAAGUGUUCCAAAAAUGCUCUAUGUGCUGUGGUGCAGAGCAGUUUUUAGCAGCCACAAAUUACACAAAGUGUUGCAAUGCAUGCUUGUUUAAGCAUCGGCAAAAGAAAAAGGAAUGACUUAAUAAAUAAUGAAGGUGCACACACACGCACGCAGAGAGAGAGAGAAGGGCUGCCCUCUGCUGAUUCGCUGUUGUCCGGUGCAGCGUCGCAUGGUGCAGAGGUGGAAACACACUGCCUCUCUCUUUCCCCGUCUGUGUGCAUGCAUGCUGCGCAGUCAUCAACCCAUGCAGGAGAGAUGCUCCCAUCCUGGGCUUUGUUUUUCAGUGCAGUGUGCCUGUGCAGCUUGUCCCAACCUGGACACACGAAGAAGACAGCCAGGUGUCCUUCAACAUGCAGCUGCUCCAAGGAGUCCAUCAUAUGUGUCGGGUCCUCCUCCGUGCCCAGGAUAAGCCCCAACGAUAUAAUUUCUUUGAGCAUCGUCAACGGGACCUUCUCCGAGGUCAAAGAGGCCAUGUUUUCUCACAUGCCAUCACUCCAAUUACUGCUCCUGAACUCCAAUUCCCUGACAACCAUAAGAGACGACGCGUUCUCGGGCCUAGCGCAUUUGGAGUAUCUGUUCAUAGAGAGUAACAAGAUAGAGACUGUAUCCAAAUAUGCCUUCAGAGGACUUAGGGACCUGACCCACUUGUCUUUGGCAAACAACAACAUCAAGGCUCUGCCUCGGGACCUCUUCAAUGGCCUGGACUCUCUUAUAGAGCUGGACCUCCGAGGCAACGCCUUCGAGUGCGACUGCAAAGCCAAGUGGCUGAUGUCGUGGCUGAGGAGCACCAACGCCACGGCGUCCGAUGUCGUGUGCGCCGGACCAGAGGACGUGAAGGACAAGCGUCUCAACGAUAUGAUCAUGAGUAGCGAGUGCAUCUCAACAGAUUUUGUCCUUCAUCAGACGGUUUCUUCGGAGUCCCUCUCUAUAGACACCUUCAGCUACAAGAACGACGUAUUUGUGGCCAUCGCGGCUCCGAGCGCAGAGAGCUGCAUGGUCCUCCAGUGGGACCACAUAGAGAUGAACUUUCGCACCUACGACAACAUCACAGGUCAGUCCAUCGUGGGCUGCAAGUCUGUGGUCAUCGAGGAGCAGGUGUUCAUCAUAGUGGCUCAGCUCUUUGGCGGCUCGCACAUCUACAAGUUCGAUGAGGACCAAAGCACGUUCACCAAAUUCCAGGACAUUGAGGUGUCCAAGGUCUCCAAGCCCAAUGACAUCGAGACCUUCCGGAUCGGAGCCGACCGAUUCUUCGUAAUCGCCGACAGCUCCAAAGCGGGCCUGUCCACGCUGUACAAAUGGAACGACAGCGGUUUCUACUCCUACCAGUCCCUCCAUGAGUGGUACCGCGACACCGACGCAGAGUUCUUGGACCUGGACGGUAAAGCCCACCUAGUGUUAGCGAGCCGCUCUCAGGUGCCGGUGAUCUACCAGUGGAGCCGCAGCAACCAGAAGUUUGUCCUCCAGGGCGAAAUCCCAAACACGGAGGACGUGGUCGCCGUGAAGCACUUCCGCAUGCAGGAAGAGCUCUACCUGGCCAUGACACGCUACAUCGGAGAUUCCAAAGUCGUGCACUGGGGUGCCAAGCAGUUCUCGGAGAUUCAAGCGCUGCCGUCACGCGGCGCCAUGAUCCUCCAGCCGUUCUCCUUCAAAGAUCGCCAUUACCUGGCGCUGGGAAGCGAUUACACGUUCUCACAGAUCCUUCUGUGGGACGGCGAGCAGAAAACGUUUGAGCGCUUUAAAGAGGCUUACAUACAGGCGCCCCGCUCUUUCACCGCCGUGUCCACCGACCGCCAGGACUUCCUGUUCGUGUCCAGCUUCAGGGGGACCACGCAGAUCCUGGAGCACGUCCUCAUUGACUUGAGCCUAUGAGCGCAGUUCGUCUCCUACGAUCCAACAUCUUCCAUACAAAAAAAAAAACGAGCCGACUCGUUCGGAAUGUAAAAUCAUCGAUCGUCCGCUGAUUCCUUUUCCGAACUUUUCUGAGAGGCCAGGUUUGACAACUUGUCCGCUAUGUUGCCUUAUCUGCUUGAUGCUCCGACAGGCUCACGGCGCCCUCUUGCUGUGACGUUAAAGCAUCCCACUGUUUUUUGCUUACCGUGUGCAGGGAAUGUCUUAAAAAGCACAAACCUUUAAUCUUCGUAGAUGCAAAACCAGUCUUGAGAGUGUAGUUUGUUAACAAAAUUGUACGACAAGCAAGAGUAAAAACAUACGGGCUGUUGUUUAAAGAUGUUAUUCAGGGGUUAUAUGCAGGACGUGUCUGGUACAAUAGUUCCCGCUUUAGUUUAGAUGCAUCUUUUAUCUUUCUUAAUGCACGCCGUCAUGACUCCAGGCAAAACUAGUGCAUUUUAGUCCUUAAAUAUGCUUUUCAUACUGCAGGAGACAUUGAAUACCAAAAUCGAGACAUGGACUGCAAUGCCCGAGCAACCUUUUAUCUUUUUUUUUUUUUUUUAGUAGUUCUGUUAAAUGUUAAAAGCAUGAAAAGAAAAGUAAAGAAGGGUUUUAAGUCAACAAAACAAAUGGAUAUAACAAAAGUGUCAUGGGAUAUAAAGCGUACAUCACACAGAAUGUAAAAUUUAUAGUGGUGGAAGUGUUGAACAUUGGAAUAAAUGAUGCUGACUUGA